GGGAGGAGAGGGGGCCGAGCGCUCCGCGCGGCUCCCUGCAGCCGGAGCCGCAUGACGCGCGGAGGAGGCAGAGGGAGCAGCCGGGGCCGCGGGAGCCCGGAGCUGGACGCCACGCGCGGGGGGUGGGCGCCGCUUGCUCCGCCCCGCGAAGCCCCUGCGUGUCUAGGGCCGCGGCCGCUCCGCGUUAGGAGCGCUAGGCUCCGCCGUGUGGCCGCCGCCGCCGCCGCUGCCAUGUCCCCGGGGAAGCCCGGGGCGGGCGGAGCGGGGACUAGGCGGACCGGCUGGCGGAGAAGGAGGCGGAGGCGUCGGCUGGAGGCGGAGACCAGGGCGCCCGGCUUCGGGCACACGGCGGGGCGCGUCCCGGGCACGUUCCAGGGCGCGCAGGGCAUGAAGCCCGCGGCGCGGGAGACGCGGACACCCCCGCGCUCGCCCGGGCUCCGCUGGGCGCUGCUGCCGCUGCUGCUGUUGCUACGCCAGGGCCAGGUUGUGUGCGCAGGUGCGGCGCCCAGUCCUGUAUUUGACGUUGAAGCUGUCACCAGCCCUACCAGUGUGGUAUUAACGUGGAAACACAAUGAUUCAGCCACUUCAGAAUAUAAGAUAAAUGAGGGAAACACGCUGCGGUAUACUGUUAAAAACCAGACAUCAUUUAACAUCACAGGCUUAAGCCCAGCUACUUCCUACAAAUUCUCCAUCACCUUGGGAACAGUCAAUGAGACCUCAGGAAAGCCCACAUACAAAAAUAUCACAACAGAGCCCUGGCCAGUGUCGGAUCUCCAAGUCGCCUACAUCGGUGUGACACAGGCUCUUCUCGCCUGGAGCAAUGCAAACGGCACCGCUUCUUACCGGAUGCAGAUUGUAGAGCUGACCACAAAUUCAUCAGGUGGUAUUUCAGAUCUGAAGCCGGGGACCCAUAAGAGCUUGGCUGUCCAAGGAUCGAAUGAGACCCAGCAUGACUUAUGGGUCACAGAAGGCGUCUCGGAUGCCAAUGGCACCGAGGGAAGCCCAGUGGCCAACAUAUCCCAACUACAUAAGAAUUCUCUUGCCUCUGCAGACCCACCCUCUGCCCGGGAUCCCUCCCUCACAGAGGUCUUGCUCACUGAGCUAAAGCCUGAUACUCAGUACAAAGUCACCAUUUAUUCUCAAGCAGCAGAUGGCACAGAAGGACAGCCUGGGAACAAAGUGUUUAAAACAAAUCCCAUCCAAGUUUCUGACAUCCGAGCUGUGAACAUCAGUGACUCGAACAUGACCCUGACCUGGAAAAGCAACAAUAAUGAGUCCCAUGCUUCAUUUACCUACAAAAUAUACGUGGCUGGGGGUUCCGACUCCAUCAACGAAACUGUCAAUGAGACUCAGGCCGUCAUCCGUGGACUCAGCUCCAGUACCUUGUACAACAUCACAGUGCUUCCUUUCCUGGGUCAGACCGCGGGUAUACCAGGCUUCCUCCAAGUGUACACUUCCCCCCGUCCUGUUUCUGACUUCCGAGUGACAAAUGUCAGCCUGAGGGAAAUCGGUUUGGCUUGGAGAAGCAAUGACUCGGAGUCAUUCGAGAUUUUCAUCACGCAGGAGGGAAGUGAGAAACGUUGGAAUGCUUCGACGGGAGACCUGAGCUAUAUCGUUGAAAAUUUAAAGCCUGGGACCAGUUACCAAUUUGAAAUAUUCCCACGAGGACCAAAUGGGACUGAAGGGCCAUCCCAGACAGUUGUUGGUAGAACUGACUGCAGUGCUGUGACUGACAUCCGCGUGGUCAGCGUUAGCACCACUGAAAUACAGCUGGAGUGGCAGAAUACAGACAGUGCUUCUGGAUACACUUACCAUUUAGUUCUAGAGUCUGAGAAUGGCUCCAUCAAGACCAACAGUUCUCAGAAAUGGAUCACAGUGGGGGGCCUUACCCCAGGCACCUUAUACAAUGUUACAAUCUUUCCAGAAGUGGACCAGAUGGAGGGCAACUCCAGCUCUAUUACCCAGUACACAAGGCCCAGCAAUGUGUCCUACAUUGAAGUAAACACCAACACCACCGUGGCAGCCAUCCAGUGGAAGAACCUGGACGCAGCCUCUGCUUCCUACUCCUACUCCGUUCUUAUCUUGAAGGCUGGAGAUGGCAGCAAUGUAACCAGCAGGGUCAGAGACAUCCCUUCUGUCACCAUCCCUGGGCUAAUCCCCGGCGUCUCUUACGAAGUGAAGAUCUUUACAAAGAUUAGGAAUACAGAGGUUGGGAAUGAGGUACCUGGUCAGAAGCUGUUCUGUAUGGAACCUGCACAAGUGGAUUCCUUACACUGUGAAGUGGUCCCGAAGGAGCCAGCGCUGGUUCUGAAGUGGGCCUGCCCCCCUGGCAUGAACUCAGGCUUUGAACUGGGGGUCAGGAGUGAUGCUUGGGACAAUAUGACACACUUGGAGAACUGCACUUUGGACAAUGACACAGAGUGCAGGACAGAAGUCACCUAUUUGAAUUUUUCUACCUCGUACAACAUCAGCAUUGCCACCUUGUCAUGUGGAAAGAUGGCAUUGCCCACCCAGAGCACCUGCACCACUGGCAUCACAGACCCACCUCCUCCAGAUGGAUCCCCUAAUAUUACAUCGGUCAGUCACAAUUCAGUAAAGGUGAAGUUCAGUGGUUUUGAAGCCAGCCAUGGACCUAUCAAAGCCUAUGCUGUCCUUCUCACCACAGGGGAAGCUGGCCAACCCUCCACAGAUGUUUUGAAGUACACAUAUGAAGAUUUCAAAAAGGGAGCCUCCGAUACUUAUGUGACAUACCUCAUAAGGAUAGAAGAGAAGGGACAGUCUCAGGGCUUGUCUGAAGCAUUGAACUAUGAGAUUGAUGUGGGGAACCAAUCCACUACCCUCGGCUACUACAACGGGAGGCUAGAGCCUCUGGGCUCCUACCGGGCUUGCGUUGCUGGCUUUACCAAUAUUACCUACAACCUUCAGAACGAUGGCCUUAUUAAUGGGGAUGAGAGCUAUGUAUCUUUCAGUCCGUAUUCAGAGGCCGUGUCCUUGCCUCAAGAUCCAGGUGUCAUCUGCGGAGCGGUGUUCGGAUGUAUCUUUGGUGCCCUGGCCAUUGUGGCUGUGGGAGGCUUCAUCUUCUGGAGAAAGAAAAGGAAAGAUGCCAAGAAUAAUGAAGUGUCCUUUUCUCAAAUUAAACCUAAAAAAUCCAAGUUAAUCCGAGUGGAGAAUUUUGAGGCCUACUUUAAGAAACAGCAAGCCGACUCCAACUGUGGGUUUGCAGAGGAAUAUGAGGAUCUGAAGCUGAUUGGAAUAAGUUUACCUAAAUAUGCAGCGGAAAUAGCUGAAAACAGGGGGAAGAACCGCUACAACAACGUCCUGCCCUAUGAUAUUUCUCGAGUCAAACUUUCAGUCCAGACCCAUUCGACAGACGACUACAUCAAUGCCAACUAUAUGCCUGGCUACCAUUCCAAGAAAGAUUUCAUUGCCACACAAGGACCUUUACCCAACACUUUGAAAGAUUUUUGGCGUAUGGUUUGGGAGAAAAACGUAUAUGCCAUUGUUAUGCUGACCAAAUGUGUGGAGCAGGGAAGGACCAAAUGUGAAGAGUACUGGCCUUCCAAGCAGGCUCAGGACUACGGGGACAUAACUGUGGCAAUGACAUCAGAAGUUGUUCUUCCGGAAUGGACCAUCAGAGAUUUUGUGGUGAAAAAUAUGCAGAGUAGUGAGAGUCAUCCUCUGCGGCAGUUCCAUUUCACCUCCUGGCCUGACCAUGGUGUUCCUGACACCACCGACCUGCUCAUCAACUUUCGGUACCUGGUCCGGGAUUACAUGAAGCAGAUCCCCCCUGAGUCACCAAUCCUGGUGCAUUGCAGUGCUGGGGUUGGAAGGACGGGCACUUUCAUUGCUAUUGAUCGCCUGAUCUAUCAGAUAGAGAACGAGAACACCGUGGAUGUGUAUGGCAUUGUCUACGAUCUUCGGAUGCACAGGCCUCUGAUGGUACAGACAGAGGACCAGUAUGUUUUCCUCAAUCAGUGUGUGUUGGAUAUUAUCAGAGCCCAGAAAGACUCAAAAGUUGACCUCAUCUAUCAGAACACAACCGCAAUGACAAUCUAUGAAAACCUCGAGCCAGUGAGCAUGUUUGGAAAGACUAAUGGUUACAUCGCCUAGUUCCAAAGCAAACCCUUCUGAAGCUAACCAGACCGUCACACCCACAGUGAAGGAGAACGCCCUGACGGGGACAUGUUUUAUGUGUCUCAUUUCUCAAUUCUUUGUUCUGUUCUGUUAGAACUACUUGGAGGGCAUGGGGCUGUGCAUGUAAAACAUGGCAGAUAGGCAGUUGGGGCUCUCAGGGGCUGUGGGCAGGUGGUGUGUAAAUCAGCUGCAUUCCUGAUUACCAAUGGGAUGGGUUCGCUUUCUGUUUUUCUUUCCUUGAGAAUUGUGGAAAACCAGGAAAAGUGAGCUAUGUUUUUGUUUUCCAAGCAGGUUUGUUCUCCUCUCUUUCUAUUCCUCCCCCUUCUCUCUCUCCCUCCCCUGCCUCUCUCUGUUUUUUUUUAAGACUUUUAUAUGAUUCACAUGCUAAAGCCAGGAUUAUGUUGGGUUGGAUAUAUUUUAAGUAUCAGAGGUCUAUUUUUACCUACUGUAUCUCGGAAUCUAGCCGAUGGAAAAGCAUGGCUGUGGGUGUUUCUCAUGCAGGGAGGGGCACCCGGUGCCUCUUCUGCGUGGGUUUCUAUUUGAACAUGUGCCUUUUCUGAAUUAUGCUUCCACGGGCAAAACUCAGUAGAUAUCUCUAUUUUUAUAUUGAAUCUCAGAAUUGGAAUAUACAGAAUAUUUAAACAGUAGCUUAGUAUCAGAGGUUCGCCUCCUCAGUAACAUUCCUGUCCCAUCCCAUUAGAGGAGGCUUUCUCUGCGGCCCGCCCUUGACACACAUUUGUGCUCCAUGUUCCUUUUCCUUCCUUUCUUUUUUUUUUUCUCCCCUCCCAGUUUUCGCCAAAGAACUUCUGUUGGUGAGAUUUUCAUCCCAUUGGUUGGGUGAGAAUAGAAGUUUAAAAUAUCACCAUGAGACUCUCUGUGGGUGGGAGUGGGGAGGAACAGAGGAAUCAACAUACCAUGGUGUGUGCACCCCUUUUCAUCCCAUCUCCUAUGUUCUCUCAUUUCUGUCUUUGGUAAGAAGGAUUUUUUUAAAGGUGCAAUAUGUGACGUAGUGGUUCACGAUGCUCUGGGUUCUUAGUAAUGUUUUACUCAGGUUGUCAUUUAUGUGUGUAUGUGUGUGUGUGUGUGUGUGUGUGUGUGUGUGUGUGUAUGUAUGUAUGUAUGUGUGUUUUAUAGCGUGGUGAUCUGUGAACAUUUCAGUGUGAACUCAGAUUAACCCCUUUCCCCCCAAAGUCCACUGGCUUUAGUCUCUCUGCAGUGACACACAUCAGUAUCUACUGUAUAUAUAAAUACUAAACUCUUACACACCAGUCAUUCCUAUGAAUUGAGGUGUACAAAGUUUGAUUUGUAUCAAAGAUGUAAUUAUUAUUUUUAAAACCUCUUUCACUACACUGCUGCUGUAAUUACUUUGAAUUUUUAAAGAAAAAUGUAGAUUUUUUUUGUUUUGUUUUUGGCUUCAGGUGUGUAUUCACCAAGAGUUUCAGAAUUUAUGUGGUUUUAUUUUAUUGGUACAUAAUCUGCAAACUUCUCAAGGCAUUAACAUGACAAGAUUUGUAUCUCUUAUUUUUAUCUUGUGGCUCAGGUUAUAUUUGAAGAAGUUUCAAGUUUAUUUUCUAGUAGGCAGUGAAGUAUACAUAAGGUCAAUGAAGGAAUCACCAGGUCCCUGGAGUCCUGUGGCUGUUUUCCACAGUUACACAUCCUGCUGUAUGUUUGGGACCAUGGGUAUUGUGUUGAAGAUGAGGGCAGGGGUCUUCUCCGAGGACCUGGCCACUGUGAGCCCUGGGGUAACCUGUCCUCUGAUGUUCUGCACUCUGUUCCUCGAGUCACCGGCACUUUGAUGGCUGACUGGACCUGAUCAUGAGUGUUUGUAGGGUUAGAGAGGCUGAACCAUGAUGUACUGAAAGCCCUCGCUGUGGUUCAGCACUGUAGUGUGCGAUUCUUGCUGUGACCCAGCGCUGCUGUAGCACUGUUGCUGCCGUGGCUCGGCGCUGGGGCACAACCCCUUUCCCUUUGCGGUACUGAAAGGAUUGAAAGAAGAGGUCAUGGCGCUGUCAUGCUCUGGGGGAGAAUUUUACUUCUCACAUGGAAACUGCACUUUUUGCUAAAUCCUUUGCAUUUUGAUGUUCACUUAGUGUCCAGCCCUUUAGGAUGGGCUGGCCAGGGUAGGUUGGCCCCCUGGACUCAACUUCACUGGGGAACUUGACGCUGCAGUUGUGAAUCAGGGAAGCCAUGCUGUCUCCAGGUAUGGGGUGAAGCUGAACAUGGGCUCAUUAUUUCCAAAUGCCCUGUCUGGUCUGCUCACUAGGAUGUGCUGACUUUGGGCACUAUACAGAGGGGCCUGUUCUGGCAGUAGUUCUGUGCACCGCCUAUACACCUCAGUCUGUCAGGAACGGUUGUAGUGGGUGGUAAGGGGUCCAAUCCCACGCAGCGCCUAUGCCCUGCCUCUGCUGCCAUGGAAAGUGCGAGGAAAGGACCCGCCCCUAAAACAGCCCUGUAGAAGAUUAGAGUCCCUCAAAAAAAAAAAAGCAACAGAAUCAUGAACACAUCAUAUACAAUUGCAAAACACAGAAACCUUCUCCACUCCUACCUGUAUGGGUCUAGAAAGUCAUUAGGCAUCAGCCCCAGCAAGCCAUUCCCAGUCCCAAGAGGAAGGCUAGUGACAGGUCUGGAGUUCCAAAUGGGCAGGUCACAAGAAGCUCACCAUGCCAUUCUACAUCCGGAGGAGGACUGCGUGGUGGAGUUUGCAUAGCAAAGCCAUUGGAAAGGGAAAAUUGACAACAGAGGGUAAGGUUGGGCAGAGAGAGGGGGAAGGUCCUUCUCACUGUUUGCCCCAAGCCCUCAGUGGAACUGUGAAUGAAAGUUGGAGGAGUCUGGUGAAAUCGGAAUGAUGGAACUCCCUGCUCAGAUCCGAUGGCAGCACCGAGAAAAGCAGCCAGUGUGGGGUGUGGUCAGUGAAAGGGCUACAGACUGGUGGCCAACUGCUUUGAAGGACUUAGGCCAUUGACUGAUGACUUCUAAGGAGAAAGAUUUUUCCACCAGAGCUGAAUCUAGCAACAAUUGGCACCACUGGGUGUCUGUUCUCUGAGGCCAUUUUGCCAUCUCCAGCCAGACUUUGGCACAAUGGACCUGCUGGCUUUGUGCUUUGUGAAGUUGGAGGCUCUGGGGGGUGGGAGUGGGGAGGAGUGGGGGAGGGUCAACUAUGCAGUUGGUUCAUUCAUACUUGUUUUCUGGGAUGGAGAAGCCUGGGUUUUUUGUUUGUUUGUUUGUUUUUUUGCAAUGCUUGAUUGCGGCUUGUUGAGCUAAACAAGCCUGGAGACUGAAGCUGAUUCACCUCAAAACAAAGUUGGAAUUCUGCAUUUUCCAGAUUGCUGUGUAGCAACUGUGUAUUCAACACCUGUAGCUUUUUCUCCCUGGGGCACAGAAUAGAAGUUGAUGUGGACUCUAAACUGUACUUUUCUUGUAACUAUUUUGGAAUGAUGCACAUUUCUAAUGUCUGUUGUACUUGUACAGAGUAUUGAUGUAGGUUGCUUUUUUUUUUAAAGGAAAAAUGGCCUGAAAAACUUUUUUUAAAGACUUACAAAUACCAAAUAUAAAAUAUGUCAACACA